AAUACACCCCAGCCCAAGCAGCGAAGUCGGCACAAGACAAAAGUGACGUAAUUCGUAGGGUUCUGUAUUUUCAUAUGCUAAAGUGAUGUUUUUUUUAUUUAAAAAAUGCUUUAUCUGCUUUCCCAAUGAAAAUUGUUUCUGGACAUUGUUUCUGCUGAUUUGCUGGUAACAUUGUUGAGCUGCACAGAUUACUGUUCGAUUUGAAAGCGCUCCUCCCUCACCGCUUUUUCGAACUCCCUCCAUGACUCCAGCCACUGGGUGGUAGGAAAGACAACUUUUCUUUUUUUGUCGGUUGUUGAUGAUGAUGAUGAUGAUGAUGAUGAAGAAGAAGAAGCAUUUCCGUCCGCCAUAUUGCAGUGAUACAGCGAGAUUUCCCAUUUGUCUCAGCAAGUUGAAGAGUUCAGGUUUUCUUGCUAACUGCCAAAAUGUUUACACAAGUUUAUGGAGAUAAUGGGAAAAUGAAGGAGUAUCACUAUACUGGACCAGUAGAGCACCGAUUCUCUCCAUAUUCCUUCAACGGAGGGACUGUGCUUGCCGUUGCAGGUGAAGACUUCGCCAUUGUGGCCUCAGACACCCGUUUGAGUGAAGGCUAUUCAAUCCACAGUCGUGACUCUCCAAAAUGUUACAAGUUAACAAAUACGACUGUCAUAGGCUGCAGUGGAUUCCAUGGGGAUUGCUUGACUCUGACCAAAAUCAUUGAUGCAAGAUUAAAGAUGUACAAACAUUCAAACAACAAGAGCAUGACAAGUGGAGCCAUCGCAGCCAUGCUGUCAACAAUCCUGUACGGUAGAAGAUUCUUCCCCUACUACGUUUACAACAUCAUCGGUGGCUUGGAUGAGGAGGGUAAAGGAGCUGUUUACAGUUUUGACCCUGUGGGAUCCUAUCAGAGAGACACAUACAAAGCUGGUGGCUCAGCGAGUGCCAUGCUGCAACCUCUGCUUGACAAUCAGAUUGGAUUCAAGAAUAUGGAGGGUGUGCAGCACCUGCCCCUGAACCAGGAGAAGGCUGUGCAGCUGGUCAAAGAUGUCUUCAUCUCUGCUGCUGAGAGAGACGUGUACACCGGAGAUGCCCUCAGGAUCUGCAUCGUCACCAAGGAGGGCAUCAAAGAAGAAACAGUCCCACUCAGGAAGGACUGAACAACUUAUUUCUGCCACCAUUUCAAGCUACUGCUUUUGUCUGGAUUUUUCAUAUUUUGGACCCUUCCCCUGCUUUUCUCUUUACAUUCUUGCUGAAGAAUAAAAAUGUUCCCUGUAGUUUAUUUUCUCAUUUCAGUAUAUUUUUUUUUAAAGAAACAUGAAAUGGUAAAUGUAUUUGAUUACAAUGAAGUCUGAACAGUU